ACGCUUGGAGGCAUGAUCCACCGCGCCCACACGAGCGCAUAUACAGGAUAAGCCCUAAAUUGCCCUAUCGACUGCGAGAACUACUUCCAUAAACCCCAUAAUCCAGUAGCUUCAAUUACCACACCGGCGGCCAUGGCGUCGACUUCCAUGAACUUGACGACGACCUUUCUUGGACUGGCUAAGCUUCAGAAAACUUCACUCACUGGCAACUAUUGCCCUCGUCUGUGGAGAAAUCUCACUUUCCGCCAUCGUAGGUUCGGAACAACCUCAUGCUCCAUCCAUUCACCACUCGCUGCCUAUAGUUUGUCCAGAGCAAGGAGAUUCUCACGCAGCUUAUCUGUUGCUGCAACGGCGACGCCGACACAGCAGGACGAAGAUUCUGAUGUGUUGACUAAGAUUCCUCCUGACGAUAGAAUUCCGGCGACGAUCAUUACCGGUUUCUUAGGUUCCGGAAAGACAACAUUAUUGAACCAUAUACUCACAGCUGACCAUGGUAAACGGAUUGCAGUUAUUGAGAAUGAGUAUGGGGAGGUGGACAUCGAUGGGUCCUUAGUUGCUGCAAAAGCUGCUGGAGUGGAGGACAUUAUCAUGCUUAAUAAUGGUUGUUUAUGCUGCACAGUCAGGGGUGAUCUUGUUAGAAUGAUAGGAGAGUUGGUGAACAAAAAGAAAGGGAAAUUUGACCAUAUUGUCAUAGAGACUACAGGGCUGGCAAAUCCAGCACCAAUUAUACAAACAUUUUAUGCCGAGGAUCAGAUUUUUAAUGAUGUCAAGCUGGAUGGUGUUGUCACUUUAGUAGAUGCUAAGCAUGCUAAUAUUCAUCUUGAUGAUGUUAAGCCAAAAGGAGUUGUCAAUGAGGCAGUAGAGCAAAUUGCAUAUGCCGAUCGUAUAAUAGUCAAUAAGACCGAUCUUGUAGGAAAUGGAGAAGUUGCUGCUUUGAUUCAGCGGAUAAAGAGCAUAAACCGCAUGGCUGACUUAAAACGCACUGAAUUUGGGAAAGUGGAUUUGGAUUAUGUUCUCGGAAUUGGGGGUUUUGAUUUAGAGAGAAUCGAUGCUGCUAUUGAGAAUGAAGCUUCAAAGGACGAUGAACACCAUCACAACCAUGGGCACGAUCAUGACCAUGAACAUAGUCAUGAUCAUGCCCACGAGCACCACCAUCAUGACCAUGACCACGACCACCAACACGAACAUCAUGAUCACACUCAUGACCCUGGCGUGUCAUCAGUCAGCAUAGUUUGUGAAGGAUGCUUAGAUCUUGAAAAGGCUAACUUUUGGCUUGGCACAUUAUUAAUGGAUAGGAGUGAGGAUAUAUAUCGCAUGAAGGGGCUUCUAUCCAUUGAUGGGAUGAAUGAGAGAUUUGUCUUCCAGGGAGUACAUGACAUAUUUCAAGGCUCACCAGAUCGGCUGUGGAACCCUGACGAACCAAGGGUGAACAAGAUUGUGUUCAUAGGGAAGAAUUUAGACGCCCAGGAACUAGAAAAGGGGUUUAAGUCGUGUUUACUGUGAGCUAACCACCAAAUCAAACAUUAUGUUUACAUUUUUGGUGAUAUUUGUUGUAUGAUAAACUAUAGUAAAUGAUCAAUCGGAUGCACCCUACUUUCACUUGUUGGGUCUUCAAUCUUCAUUGAA